AUGCGGUCUUGUUCGAUGAUGCUCAACAUCAUCGCGCGACGAACGACGACGGCGAUUUGUUGCGCUCGCACCAGCACGAGUACUACGAGUACGAGUACUAUUGCUGCUGCUGCUACGAAUACUACUUCUUUGUGUUCUUCUUCGCAAAGAAGGUAUUUAGUAAGAAGAGCCACAUCUUCGUUAGGUUGCAGCACUUCUUCUAAUUCCAAUUCUUCUUUGAAUUCUUCUUUGAAUUCUCAAAGCGAGGAUGAUGCGAACGACGAUGAUAAAGAAGAAGGAAAAGGAGUAUAUUAUUACGAUGAUGAUAUUAAUGAUUCAGAAGAUUUAGAUUUAGAAAACGAUUACGUAGAGUUGCAACUGGCAAAACAAGCGAAAGCGGCGACGAUAAAAUCGGUCAAAUUCAUCUCCUCGGUCGUUCGACACCAAGACUGUCCGCAAACGAAACUCCCGGAAGUGGCGUUCAUCGGACGCUCGAACGUCGGGAAGAGCUCGUUAGUAAACAUGCUCACGAACAGGAAAAACGUCGCCAAAGUCUCCAAAAACCCAGGGAAAACGCAAACGAUUAAUCAUUACGAAAUCACCACCGGCGACGGGAAGUGGUUUCUCGUCGAUUUACCCGGGUACGGCUUCGCCAACGCGCCGGAACAUCUCAAGAAGGAGUGGGCGAAGUUCACUCGAGAGUACUUGUUAGAGAGGAAAAACUUAAUCUCCGUGAUGUUAUUAGUCGAUAGCACGGUCAAACCCCAACAACUAGAUCUGGACGCGUUGGAAUUCUUAGCCGAGAACGAUAUUCCAGCCACGGUCGUGUUCACCAAGGCGGAUAAAAAACGGAAAGCCAAGGGCGGGAAACGCGCGACGCCGGCGGAACACGUGGACAUGUUCGCCGAUGAAAUCAGCGAAAUGUUCGAAGAGUUGCCGCCGUUCGUGUUUACCAGCGCGAAUAGUGGGGAAGGGAAGAAAGAGUUGUUGAAUCACAUCGCCACAAUACGAGAGUUCAUGAAGAACGGAUCAGGAGAUGGAGAAGAAGACGAAGCGUUUAGUGAUGAAGUAGAACUAUAA